AUGGUGUGGUUCCACUGCGACGAGUGCGGGGACAGCAUCAAGAAGCCCAAGCUCGCGAACCACUUCAGGCAGUGCUCUAGUCACAGGUUCACCUGUAUUGACUGCAGCGCAUCUUUUGACCGCGACAGCGUCCAGAAGCACAGCACCUGCGUCACGGAACACGAAAAGUAUGCCCUCGCCGCCACCAAGCCCGGCGGCAAGGCCGCCAACGGCGCCGCCGCCGCCGCAGCUGCCGCCGCAGGCGGCGCAGACGGCGCCGCGGCGGGCGAGGCGCAGGGGCUCGAGUUUUUGUCAAAGGCGGCGCCCUGGAAGUGCAGCGCAUGCAACGUGACGUGCACGAGCCAGGAGACGUUGCUGGCGCACGCGGGUGGCAAGAAGCACAAGCAGAGGGUGCGGGCUGCGCAGGCCGCUGCCGGUGGCGGCGCCGAUGCGGCGGCGCCGGCCGCAGCCGCGCCUGCAGCCGACGCGGCGCCCGCGGCCGCCCCAGCUGAGGUGGCGGCGGAGGCGGCUGAGGGCAAGAAGGAAAAGAAAGAGAAGAAAGAGAAGAAAGACAAGAAGAAGAAAGGGGAGCAGCAGCAGGAGCACGAGCACCAGCAGGAGGAGCAGCAGCAGCAGCAGCAGGAGCAGAAGCAGGAGGAGCAGGAGCAGCAGCAGCAGGAGGAGGCGAGCAAGGGCAAGAAGGAAAAGAAGAAGGACAAGAAACGGAAGAAGGGGGAGGAGGAGGAGGCGGAGGGGCAGGAGAAGGACGCCGCUGCUGCCGCCGCUGCUGCUGCUGCUGCCACGGCGGCGGCGACGGAGCAGCAGCAGGAGCAAGGGGACGAGGCGGCGGCAAAGAAAGCGAAAAAAGAAAAGAAGAAAGAAAGGAAGGGGAAGGAGCAGCAGGGGGAGGCUGAGGCGCAGCCCGAGCCGCAGAGCAUGGCGGCGAUCGCGGCGGAGGCGGCGGCGGCGGCGGAGCCAAAGCAGCAGCAGGAGGGCGGCGCGGGCGCCGCGGCGGCGGCGGAGGGCGAGGGGAAGAAGAAGCGCCGGCGCAGCAGCAAGGGCGCCGUCGGCGCCGCCGACGCCCCGGCCGCCGAGGCGGCGGCGGCAGCGGCGGGCGCCGCGUCGCCGCUGCCGCUGCAGCCGCUGCAGCAGAACGGCGGCGGCCCCUCCCCGGCGCCGGUCGCGGCCGCGGGCGACGCGUCCAAGGGCGAGGUCGGCACCGAUGGCUCGGCGCCACCGUCCGAGGGCAAGCGCGCCAAGUCCAAGGUUCCGAGCGUCACCCAGAUCAUCAACAAGGCGGCGCAGCGGCUGAGGUCCAAGGGCAAGAUCACGAAGCGGUUCCUGAGGCGGCUGGGGCAGCGGACGCUUGGGGAGGCCUGGGGGGAUGAGGUCAUGGCUGACAUUACUAAGCAGGUGGGUUUUUCUCUGAGUCGUAGUAGUUGCUGUGUGUUUUGUGAGGGCCUUGCUUUUGUUUGA